CUCGCACGCUGGUCAACAGACCUUUGUUCGAUUCAAGUUCAACAGACGAAAUGUUGGCCUCACAAAGCGAGUAGAGUGGUCUCUACUCUAGCGAGUGGGUGGCGCGGUUAAGCCAUUAAACCACUAGGCGGUUUCCCUCCACAGUACCACGUUUUGUCAUAUAAACUGGGUUUCUACUUGUACAGAAAAUGACUCUGUGGCUUUCCAUAAAGCAUUUAUAAGUUAUAAAUAUAGGUACAUACAUCUGAGGAAAUUAAGGAAAUAGGGGAGCUGCUACUGUUUUCUCUAUAGCUUGUUUCUUCCAUAGAAGAAGGUAUGGGGAGAGGAAAGAUUGUGAUUAGAAGGAUUGACAAUUCGACGAGCAGGCAAGUGACCUUCUCGAAGAGAAGAAAUGGGUUGCUUAAGAAGGCUAAGGAGCUAUCAAUCCUUUGUGAUGCUGAGGUUGGAUUGAUUGUCUUCUCUAGCACCGGCAGGCUUUACGAUUAUGCUAGCACUAGCAUGAAAUCAGUUAUCGAUCGUUUCAACAAACAGAGAGAGGAGCACCAUCAACUGUUGAAUCCUGCUUCAGAACUCAAGUUUUGGCAAAGGGAGGUAGCAAGCUUGAGGCAACAAUUGCAGUACUUGGAAGAAUGCCACAGGCAGUUAAUGGGGGAAGAGCUUUCUGGUUUGAGUGCCAAAGAUCUACAGAAUUUAGAAUGCCAGCUGGAGAUGAGUUUGAAAGGUGUCCGGACAAAAAAGAUCCAGAUAUUUGAUGAUGAAAUAAAAGAAUUGAACCAGAAGGCAAAUUUCAUACAUCAAGAGAAUAUAGAACUGCAUAAGAAGCUAGACCUCAUAGGUAAGGAGAAUGAGGAACUGCAAAAGAAGGUUUAUGAAGCAAGGGAUAUGAUUGGAGGAAACAAAACUACCCAGCCUCCAUAUGGCAUCAGUAAUGCAUAUGAUUUGCAUGCACCCAUCCAUCUGCAGCUAAGCCACCCACAUAUUCAAACUCAGCCUGGGCCUCCGCCUUAGAACAAUGAAGUACCAGCAAAAGCAAUCAAAUUAGGGUAUCUCCUAAAGACUGUUAACAUAUUAUUUGCAUACCAUAUUCCUUCCAAAGGACAAAACCCCAAAAAUAAAUAGUAAGAAAAACUCACUAUUUUGAUUAUGCUAUGAACAUCUCUUCAAAUUCUGCAACA